UCUGCCUUUUAAAGACUACACCAUAACUACACAUCUCUCUUCUUAUUCUUUAUUGCUAAUAGCUUCUGAGCAUCAAUGGAUCCAUAUCAUAAUAAUUUCCUCUUUGUAUCCUUUCUCAUUCUUUGUUUAGCCGCUAAUGAAGUAGCCGGAUACGCCACGGUCACAGGCUCAGUGUUUUGUGACCAAUGCAAGGAUGGAGAAAGAUCUUUGUUCGAUUUUCCUGUCUCCGGGGUCAAGGUUAGUGUCACAUGUUCUGAUGGAAAUGGACAGGUCUAUAUGUCGAGAGAAGAGACUACUAAUUGGCUUGGAGGUUAUGUGAUGAGAUUUGAUGGGACACCGGAUCUGAGUAACUGUUAUGCUCAGGUUUCAGACAAUGGAGCUCAACAAGACCCAAAUAGUUGCAGCAUUGCUUCAGGUCCUGCUCAGAAACUUAAACUAAUGUUCAGCUUUUUUGGGGUUGAAACGUUUGCUACCGAUGCGCUUCUUGCUCAGCCACUUCAGCCCAGGUCUUUUUGUCCUAAACCACCAACAGCUCCGGUCAUGCCUCCUCCUCAAGUCCCGGUCAUGCCACCUCCUCAGGUGCCGGUCAAGCCUCCUCCGCAGGUGCCACAGGUCAAGCCACCUCCUCAGGCCCCGGUCAUAAGUCCUCCUCCAGCUACAUUGCCUCCUCCUCAGGUCCCGGCCAUAAGUCCUCCUCCAGCUACAUUGCCUCCUCCUCAGGUCCCGGUCAUAAGUCCUCCUCCAGUUACAUCACCUCCUCAGUUUAAGCUUCCACCUUUGCCUCCACUCCCUCCAGUGCCAUUUGUAGAGGCAUCAGCUUGUUCUCACCAGUUGUGGAUGAAACCUGAGUACAGAUGCUACUGGAGAGCUAUAGGCCCCGACACAAAGGUCGCUGUUGCAUUCGGGCUAGUGGCUGGGAGGAGAUACGGUACUGAUAUGACGAUAAGGGAAGCGCUUGACGGUCGAGGAGAAGCCUAUAAGACACUCCUAAGAGAGGCAACAACUGCAUUACUCAAUUCAUACAACUCUCUUGGCUUUCCUUACAAUUCCAUCUCUGUGAUCACACAUACCAAUUUGGCUCUCCUCGGGAAUUCGCAGCACGAUGUUCUCAUGACUGCUAUUCGUUUCAUCAAGGCUAAUUCCGGGACCUGCAGAUUCACAGUCUGCAAUUGAUUGGGUGUGUUUUUUUUGCUUACAUACUCUACACUAUCUUCUUUUUUCCAUUGUUCAUGGGCACCUUUUGUAAUACUAUAAAAGUCUAUACUUGAUUCAUUGGAGAAUUUAUGGACUAUUAUUAUUAUAGUCCCCUAUUUGUACUUGUUUACAUCUUAAGCAUAAAAUUAGUAUUUAUUACAGCAAA